CCCAAAAAACUUUAUAAAAGACUAUGCUUCGCUUAGUAACUUCCUGAAUUAUUGGUCCGUCGAAUUAGUUUUUCUUUGUUUGCAAGUAUGGAUCCAAAAUUGCUUCGGGUUGCUCAAUCGGGUAGCGUUAAUGCUUUAUACUCUCUUUUACAAAAGGAUCCAUGUAUUCUUCAGAACGUCGAUGUUUUACCUUUCAUCCACACACCUCUCCAUGAAGCUUCAUCAACUGGGAAGAUAGAUUUGGCGAUGGAACUUAUGAUUCUAAAGCCAUCUUUUGCCAAAAAGCUAAACGAGGAUGGGCUCACUCCAUUACAUCUGGCCGUCGAAAACCACCAAGCUGAGUUAGCACUGGAACUCGUCAAGUUUGAUCCCAGCCUUGUUCGUAUUCGUGGUAGAGGAGGUAUGACACCACUGCAUCUUGUGGCAAAAGAAGGUGACGUGGAACUUCUUACGGAGUUUAUCUUGGUAUGUCCUGAGAGUAUAACAGAUGCGACUCUAAAUGGAGAAACUGCUUUACACAUCGCGGUUAUAAGCGAUAGAUACGAAGAACUCAAGGUUCUCAGAGGGUGGAUGCAAAGAAUGCGCAAAGUUGAUGCUUCAACCACCGAGAUUCAAGUCCUGAACAAACGUGACCGUAAAGGCAACACGGCCUUGCACUUAGCGGCAUAUAAUAAUAACCACCAGGCAGUAAAGCAGCUGUUAAAAUGCAUGUCACUGAAUCGGAAUAUCCAGAACAAAAGUGGUAUGACAGCCCUUGAUGCCUUGCGAGUCAAUGGACCGCAGAUGAACACAGAAACGGAGAGCAUUAUAAAAACAUCGGGUGGUAAGAGCGGGAUGUCUCUUUCCAGGGUUAAGACAACGUCUGUCUUCCUAAGCAAACCGGUCACUUUCAGGGAAUAUUGCUCUACGGGAAUGGCACGUUAUAGGAGUCGCAUGUCAGAUGGAACACGGAACUCUCUUCUAGUAAUAACAGCCCUUAUCAUCACAGCUACUUAUCAGACCGCGGCCCAACCGCAAGAUACAGACAAGUUUCAGAAGCUAAGUUUUGAAGAAAUCGUAUUAGAGAUCGUGCUACUAUGGGGAUUCAAUAGUACGGCCUUUUUCUUGGCGAUUGCCUUGACAUUCAUACUCUUACCAAUUGGCAGAGCAUAUACUUGGUGGUAUAUCUUCAUAACGGCGCCUCUCAUCUGUUCAUAUGCAAUUUCAGUGUACCUGAAGUAUAACAUCACAAUAUUCUUUGUCAUGUAUGUGAUGGUUGCAUUCGGAUUUCUCAUUUAUGUACUUGUAUUCUACGUGAAGUGGAAGCGGACUACCCGGAAGAAAGUACCAAAACCUAGAAUCGAGCUGAUUUCCCAAGGCUUAGAGACCAUGGUUUAGCCAUUUACAUGCAGCGUUUGUAAGAUUAUGUGUUCCCUGUAAGACGUUGAUUGUGAGAAACAUAAUAUUUAUUGUACGUUUUACUCAUUUUGAAAAAAAAAGGUGUUUAUGUGGUGUAAUCUUUUACAUUU